AGGAAUCUGCUUAUCGCUGCAUACUCAGGUUGCUUUUAUUUUGAUUUUAUUUUGAAAAAGGGAAAAUGUCUGACCAUGGGGCUCAGCAGCAGCCACAGGUGGAAGUUGUGAUGAAGGUGGAAGGUCAACAUCCCUCUACCUCCACUCCGCCUUCUCCACCUCUGACUGCUACUCAGCAAGAAAAGGAGCUGCAGCGGCAACUGGACCGCCUUGCAGAACGUCAGGAGGCAGCUGAGCUAGAGGCUGCAACGGAUUAUUCCCGAAGGGAAUAUCUGUUGCAGCAGCUAGACAAGGUGCUCUCAGAUGACCGUUGUGCACAGGUGACUAAAGACCUGGCAGAGAUGAUAAUCCUGGAGCACAAGAUCACCAGUUCCUACUUCACGAACUGGGAUGAUUGUUUUGACCGUUUGGAGCGUCGGGUUGACAGCCUGGCCGCUCAGCAGUCUAAGAUUCUGGAUGCGAUUCAGAACUUGACUGCUCAGCUGUCAGCUGCCAAGCUGAUUGCCCCUCAGCUCCCUCUGAUAAAACCCAAACCUUCUCCUCCUUCUACCCCUCCUUCAUCUCCCCCUGGUUCAGUACAUUCUUCCCGGUCACCAUCUCAUUCCCAAAAAGCCUCAGGCAAAGCCACCUAUGUUGUUGUUACUGCAGGAGAUCAAAGAGAUCCCAAGAUCCCUGCUCCCAACAAGUUCAGGGGCGAUGACCCCAAGACCGAUGUUGGGGACUGGGCUGCUAGGACCAAAGCCUACUUGAGGGGCUUUGUCUGUGCAGAACAGACCAAGGUGGCGACUGUUCUGGGACUGCUGGAGGGACCUGCAUUGAAGUGGGCCACCUCCACCUCCAGCAGUCUGCAGCAGUCGAUGGAGGACUGGGCUUUUGGGCUUGGGGUGGACAGACUUCUGCAGGCCCUGAAGGACCGUUUUGCAGACAAGGAACGGGCCCGCAAGGCUGCUGACAGGAUUUCUCGCCUGGGACAGCAGCGAUACAGCGGCACCCUGCAGGCCUUGUUUGCAGAAUUUGAGCAGCUUACCUCCACCCCUGGGUUGGUCAUGUCCACUUAUGAUCUAUUGACCAACUUUCGCAGGGCAGCGCUUGAGAAGUUUGUUGUUGCUUUGUACAGCGCUGGGCACAAGGACUGGAGGUCCUUUGGCCGCACAGCCCUGGACAUGGAGGCAAAGCUUCAUGUCCAGGGCCCAUCCUCUGACAGGAGGAAAGGUUCCGAUUGUUUGGGGACUGCGCGGGCAGCAUCCUUUUGUUAUGAGGAUCCUGAACCGGAUCAGGACCCGGGGCAGGAUGAGCUUCAGUCUCUUGCAGCCUUCUUCCUUCAUCUGAAGGACUCAGCAGCGGUGACACGUCAGACAGUGACACGUCAGACAGUGCCACGUCAGCAGUACGCAACAGUGCCACGUCAGCAGUGUCACGUACGCAACAGUGCCACGUCAGCAGUGCCACGUCAGUCACAGUGCCACGUACGCAACAGUGCCACGUCAGCAGUGCCACGUCAGCAGUGCCACGUCAGCAGUGCCACGUCAGCAGUGCCACGUCAGUCACAGUGCCACGUCAGCAUGACAGGGGCAGCCCUGGGCAUGCCAGACCAACUGGCCAACGAGACUCUGGCCGAGUACAAACAGCGGUUCCAGGCUCAGAUCGAUCUGAUCGAGGCUGAGGAAAAGCGCCAGCUGGCAGCCAAGGCUGCCCGCGUUCGCCGCAAGGAAGCCCAGGAUCUGCUGCAGCGGCAUGAAGCAACCAGCAUUGAGAGACUCAAGUUCUGGCACUUUGAACCGAACAGCGACGAGGCAACACCGGAAGAGCAGCAUAAGGAGUUCAUGGCCAAGCUCGUGACCACGUUGGUUUACACUUGUAACCACCUACAAUCCGAGCUGGCGAACCUCCAGCGGGCCGUGCGGAACCAUAAGACUCAGCAUGAGGAUGCCACACGGGCACUGGACGCCCGUGUACAGGACUUGGAACAAGUUACACCAAGACCAGAUGUUGGGGCUUCCAGCAGUGCACCCUCUAGCCGCCAACUGGAGGAACGCAUUGACCACGUAGUGGAAAUGCUCGGCGACAUCAGCACCUUCGCUGCGCCGACCACCAUCAGCAGUCAGCUGCAUACCUUGAAGACCGAGGUCCAGCAGCUGCAGUCAACGAACGCGGAUGGCAAUCCGAAGUUGUACAAGAUGCCAACUUUCCAACUGGACAAGUUCGACGACUAUACGCAGUAGGAUUCAGUCCUCUGGUGGGAAGCAUUCACAACGCAACUCGCAAUU